CGCGCCCGCGCGCCAACCACCCCUCCCCGACGCGGCCCGGCGGUUGCUGCAGCCUCCGCCGCGCGCGUCCAGUUUCCCUGCCCGCCGGAAGCCGCCCCCCGCCAUGCCCCUCUGCUUCUUCUUCUUCUUCCUCCUCCGGCGGCAGGAUACAUAGCCUCUCCUCUCGCGCGUUCUUUGGGGUCUCUCUGAUCCUGCAUUGAAUUGCUGUUGGUCGUCGCUGCGUUGCGUUGCGGCGCGGCGGAGGGAGGAGGGCUCCGGAUGGGCGGCCUUUGCUCCAAGGAGAGCGUCGCCGAGGAGCUCACGGCGGCGCCGGCGCCGGCGCCGCCGCAGGCGGCGGCGGUGGCCACCGUGGGGCGGCUGCAGAAGGCGCCGAGCCAGUCGCUGAAGCAGCUCAUCACACUGACCGCCAAGGAGGACGCCGCGGUGGUCGCGCCGGUGGUGCACGCCGUCAUCACCAGGGCGGAGUCCAACGCCAGGGCCAAGGCGAAGCCGGCGGCGGCGGAGGAUCCGCCGGUCGUCGUGAUCGCGUCGCUGAACAAGUCGUACAGCUCCGCGGGGGCGCCCACGCACUACCGGCGGCCGACCGUGGACGCGGACCCCGGCGCGAACCAGGCGGUGCCCGGCGGCUUGCCGCAGGGGUUCUCCGGCGAGCACGUGAUCGCCGGGUGGCCGUCGUGGCUGACCAACGUGGCCGGCGAGGUGGUGCAGGGGUGGCUCCCCCGGCGCGCCGACACGUUUGAGCGGCUGGACAAGAUCGGGCAGGGCACGUACAGCAACGUGUACAAGGCGCGCGACCUGGAGAGCGGCAAGAUCGUGGCGCUCAAGCGGGUGCGCUUCGUCAACAUGGACCCGGAGAGCGUCCGGUUCAUGGCGCGGGAGAUCCACGUCCUCCGCCGCCUCGACCACCCGAACGUCGUCCGCCUCGAGGGCAUCGUCACCUCCCGCCUCUCCCACAGCCUCUACCUCGUCUUCGAGUACAUGGACCACGACCUCGCCGGCCUCGCCGCCACGCCGGGGCUGCGCUUCACGGAGCCGCAGGUGAAGUGCUUCAUGGCGCAGAUCCUCGCGGGCCUCCGCCACUGCCACGACCGCGGCGUGCUGCACCGGGACAUCAAGGGCGCCAACCUGCUCAUCGACGGCGCCGGCGUGCUCAAGAUCGCCGACUUCGGCCUCGCCACCUUCUUCGACCCGGCCAGGCCGCAGCCGCUCACCAGCCGCGUCGUCACGCUCUGGUACCGCCCGCCGGAGCUCCUGCUCGGCGCCACCGACUACGGCGUCGCCGUCGACCUGUGGAGCACCGGCUGCAUCCUCGCCGAGCUGCUCGCCGGCAAACCCAUCUUGCCCGGCCAAACCGAGAUCGAGCAGCUGCACAAGAUCUUCAAGCUGUGCGGGUCGCCGUCGGAGGAGUACUGGGCGAAGGCGAAACUGCCGGACGUGACACUGUUCAAGCCGCAGCGGCCGUACCGGCGGAAGAUCGCCGAGACGUUCAGGGACUUCUCGCCGCCGGCGCUCGACCUCCUCGACACGCUGCUCGCCAUCGAGCCGUCCCACCGGGGCACCGCCGCCGCCGCCCUCGAUAGCGACUUCUUCAGGACCAAGCCGCUGGCGUGUGACCCGGCGAGGUUGCCCAAGCUCCCGCCGAGCAAGGAGUACGACGCCAAGCUCCGGGGCAAGGAGGCCACCAGGCAAAACACGGCGGCCAUCGGAGGCCAGGGCUCUAUGUCCGUCAAGCCCGGGAGGAACGAGUCCAAGGCGGCGCCGGCGCAGGACGCCAUUGGAGGGGAUCACCAGAGGAGGCAGGCGGCUCGCGUCGUCAACCCGAAGAGCGCCAGCCACCACUACAGCUCGCUGGAGGACAGCGUGCCGGGGUUCCGCAUGGAGCCGUCGGCCGGGCCGCCGGCGACGAUGCAGUCCGGCGGGUUCGGGUCGACGUGGUACAGGAAGGACGCCGCCGACCCACGCGCCCCGUCACGCACGGUCAGCUCCUCCGUCAGGGUGUCCAACGCUGCCGCCGGCGCGCCCCACCUCAUCUCCCAGCGGUCGUACGCCCAGUCCCGCGGCACCGACCUCCACCCGAGCACGUCGGCGGCGAGGCACGCCAACUCCCGGUACAACCGCCUCGACGUCGCCGAGCCCGCCAACGCGCUCGACCGACCGGGCACCACCUCCGCCCACCAGAAGGACCUCUCCGCCGCCGCUCCGGCCACCGGUUUCGGAGGGAGGAACAGGAGGAUCCAUUACUCCGGCCCGCUGGUGCCUCCCGGCGGCAACAUGGAGGACAUGCUCCGGGAGCACGAGCGGCAGAUCCAGCAGGCAGUGCGCAAGGCGCGCGUCGACAAGGAGAGGACCAACAGCAGCAGCAGCAGUAACAACAGGCAGCACUACUGAUGAGCACUGACCUCUGAUGGGAGGAAGAAGACGACCUGGUGGCCAUCUUCCAUGGCCAUUUCAGACCACAGCCUGUCUGUCUGUUGGUGCUGGUUGCUAUGCAGGGAGAUCUCCAUCUCCAUGGAUGGAGGAGAGCAUGAGAUAAGAGGUGAAGAUCUCUCUCUAGUCUCUAAUGGAGGUGAAGAAGACAGGUAGACAACGACGACGAAGGCGCGGCGCGGAGCUCGGGGUAUAUAUCUGCCAUUGAAGAGCUGGGCUUUGUUGAUCCAUGAGUACAAAUAGCACUCUUAGAGAGGGUUCUGGGAAGCCUGAUGGGGAUGAACAAGCGCUGUAAAAACCGGAUUGUAAAAGGCCAAAAGAGAAAAAUGUGUAUACCUGAUGAUCAAAAGUGAUGCAACAGAGACUCCGAUGACCUAGUUUGAAAACCAA